AUGCAAGUAGCCUAAAAUGUAUCAGUUGUAGGGGAAAUAGAAUCGAUACAGUUGUUCCCAUUCAUGUAAGUUUUCUUGUUUCAGUGCAGUAAUGCAGUUUGUACUGCUGCUCCAGGUGUGCCUCUUGGGACUUGGCCUGUCUGGGGCCAGGCCUGGUAGGAAGUUUCUGAUGAUGUUUCCCCCUCAUAAUGACCCAACAGCAAAUAUUAGCCAUCAAGUAACUAUCACAGCCACUGGUGUUUGGACCUCAGUCACUGUGAAGGUUCUGGAAAGCAGCUUCAUGCAACACAUCUUCCUCUCUGCUAGCCAGUCAAAGACAAUUCACCUGCCAUUGUCUGUGGGCAUGGACUGCGAUCACUCCUCCUAUCUCCUCAGUGUGAACUCUGUAUGGCCUGUUACUGUUCUUGCCUCAUUCUGUAACCAUACUGCUUGUGACCACAGCCUUCUUCAUGAUGUGUCAUCCUGGGGUAACCUCUACUAUCCCAUCACACCUCACUUCCCUAACCAGACUGCUGUCAGCCAGAUGGUGAUCACGAGCUCAGACCACAAAACAUCAGUGGAUAUCUUUCUCUCAGGGGAUGUGCUCUUUAAAGGCAAUAUAUACCCCAGGGGUACUGUCCUUAAGGUGCAAAUAGGGGUGCUGCAGAGUGUUUACCUCAAGAGCAACUCCAGCCUCUCUGGCUCAGAGUUAAACUCCCAUGAAGCUGUAGGUGUCGUGGUUGGUUUUACCUGCUACAAACUCACACCUGGGGAUUGUUUCUAUGGAUUUGCUGAACUGACUCCAGUGUCUCACUGGAGUUUUGAUUAUGUUAUCCCUCCCUUGAUAAACACUGGAAUGAGUUCCAGUUUCCUGUUGGCAAUGGCUACUAUCAAUUCUGACCUGGACAUCACCACCAGCACCGGUCGAAAGAAUGUGUCUCUUGUUGGUGGCAUUAUGAAGGUCAUCCCAGUUGUGACCUCAGAUAAAAUCCAUAUCACUAGUGAAAGUCCCCUUCAACUAGUUUACUUCAGACAUGACAAUGCACAGCGUCCUUCAACUCUAACAGUGCUGCCAUCUGUUGAUGAUAUUUGCCAGACUGUACCUAUAUUUGAUUCAGGUGAUAUGAGGGAGCAGCAAGAUAACCGUACUCACACAGGAGAUUUUAAGUCUGGUGUUAAAUUCUCCCAGAAGCCCAACUUUGCACAACUGCCAUACAAUGCAGAGCCCAGUUCUCUUCACACAGAUGUGGGACACUAUCUGAGUACCAUGAGCAGACAACUAUAUCCAGCAGUGUGUGAGAAAUCUGCAGCAUCUUGUGAAGACUUGCAUUGUGGUCACAAACGGAGGUGCUUUAUCAGAAAUGGAAAACCACUCUGUUCUUUGAAAACUAAAAUAUGCUCUGCAUGGGGUGACUCCUAUUAUCGCACCUUUGAUAAAAGAGAUUUUGUCUUACAAGGAAACUGUAACUACACUUUAGUUCAGACUGCCUGUCCAGGCUUAAAUGCCUCUGUUCCAGUACAGAUUGAUAUAGCCAGAGCAUAUUUGAACAGUGCCACAGUCGCCACCAUCCACAGAGUGCACAUAAGCAUCCAGGGCUUUAAUAUCUCCAUAGUUAAAGGAGACAAAAAUCAUGUUAGGAUUAAUGGACAGAAGAGGAACCUGCCCCUCACCCUGGGAAAUGGGUCCCUGAACUUUUAUCCAAGUGGCUCCAGCGUUGUCUUAGACACUGCCUUUGGCCUGGCUCUGCACUAUGACUGGAAACAUCAUCUCCAGGUUGAAGUUUGCCCAGCGCUGUAUGGAGUCCUGUGCGGUUUGUGUGGAAGUGCUAAUCACAGCUCCUCAGAUGGCAUCAUUGCCUCUAAUGGCACUAAUGAGACCCAGACUGUGGAUUUUACCCUCCCAUGGGUGGCGAACAGUGACACAGGCUCCUGUAUUGAGGACUGCGGUGGUGGUGUCUCAUGUCCAGUGUGCUCUCAAAGCCAAACCAAAUCUUUUCCUGACAUUAAAGGCAACUCCUUUUGGAUUGGUUGCACUUUACUGCAGAGGAGUGGUGGACCUUUUGCAGAUUGUCACUCAUAUAUUAAUCCUAAGCCAUUUGUUUGUAGUUGUGUGAACAACCUGUAUGUCAAUAAAGCUGCCUCCUCUGUGUGUGAGAUCUUGACGGCAUAUGCCAACAUCUGCCAGAGACUCGGGGCCAGAAUCCAAAACUGGAGAACCAUCGCCAAGUGCUCUAUGGCAUGUCCUAUGAACAGCCACUAUGAGAUCUGUGGUUCUGCCUGCCCUGCUACCUGCGGUAACCCAGAAGCCCAUUGUAAUUGCACCCUGCCCUGUGUGGAAUCAUGCCAAUGCAACAGGGGGUAUCUGCUGAGUGGUGGGAAGUGUGUACCACAUAGCAAGUGUGGUUGUCUUCACAAAGGUUCCUACUAUCUCCCCAAGGAUAACUUCUGGAUCGACGAACAGUGCCAGGAGAAAUGUGUCUGCCAGCCUAACUCCAAGACGGUUAUGUGUGCUCAGUCUCAUUGCCAGGAUGGUGAAGUGUGCAAAGUUGUGAAUGGAGUCCUGGGCUGUCACACUGAUGGGCCUGGGGUGUGCAUAACCAAAGGAGAUCCUCAUUAUACCACCUUUGAUGGGCGUAACUUUGAUGUCUAUGGCAAUUGUACUUACCUACUCACUUCUCGCUGUCCCACUUGGGGGGACAUGGAUGACUUUAGUGUGGAGGUCCAGAACCAGAUAAGGGAUGCUACAAAUGUUUCCUUUCGGCAUGUUAAAAUGGUGGUCUCUGGUUAUUCCAUUGAGAUGUCAAAUGAUUGGAGUAACAGGGUUAUGGUAAAUGGUCUGCUACUGCGUCUUCCAUCUGUGUUGAGCCAAGGCAAAGUAAAGCUCCACAUGACUGGACUUUCAAAGUUUAUAGAGACUGACUUUGGCGUUGUUGUGACGCACCACUCUGAUGUCCUGACUGUUCAAAUGCCAAGGAUCUUCUCUGGUAAUCUCUGUGGCCUGUGUGGGAAUUUUAAUGCUAAUCCAGAAGAUGAUCUGAUGCCUGGCGACAAAUCUGAUAUCUCUCAGGCUAUUAGACACUGGCAAACCGGCAGUGAAAAUGAAUGUGUAGAUGUGCCUAUGAACACCUUGGGUUGCAAUUCACAAGAUAUUGCUCUUUAUCAGGCAAAAGAUUUCUGUGGACGGUUACUGGAUACAGAGGGAGCAUUCCAGAGCUGUCACAAAACAGUUGAUCCACAAGAUUUCUAUGAUACCUGUGUUCAUGACCUCUGUUAUAGUAACCAGAACACCCUGUGUCAGAUUCUGUCCAGCUAUGUUGCUGUAUGCCAACAAAUGGGAGCUAUAGUGAAUGAAUGGAGGGCUUUCAACUUUUGUAAUCUCUCCUGUCCACCUAAUAGUGAAUACCGCCUCUGCUCCAGUCACAUGUUUGGCUGUGUAGAAAACCCAAGUCCUCUUGCAUUGAAAUGCAAAGAGGGAUGUUUCUGCAAACCUGCUUUUUUCCACAGUGGUGGGGAAUGUGUACCAAACCCUGAGUGUGGCUGCGUUUACAAUGGUGUUUACCAUGAAAUCCAUGAGAACUUCUAUCCUGAUGAGCACUGUCAGCUGCACUGUGUUUGUGUGGGCCACAACAGAGUGCAAUGUACCAACCAAACAUGUUCAAAUGGAACAAAAUGUGCCAUCCAAGAUGGCCGCAGGGCAUGCCAUGCAUCACAACCUGUUGUGCAAUGUGCAGUUAUGGGUGGCAGACACUUCAGGAGCUAUGAUGGCCAUAGCUUUGACUUUAAUAUGGGAAGCUGCCGUUAUAUUCUAAGCCAGGUUUGUGACGAGGAAGAGUCUGAGCCCACUGUUAUUAUCCAGCAAGGACAGCUGUACCUCAGGGUCCAUGGAGUUAACAUAUCAUUGGAGAUGGAGUAUUUGGGAAAAGUAAAGAUUGAUGGUGUUUUGAGGGGUCUUCCUGUCCAGCUGGAUCACAUAGCAAUACUGCAUUCUGGCUUGCUGACUCGUCUUGUUGUAGACACUAGGGUUGUUGUCACUUAUGGAGGGCCUAAUCUGAUACAAAUGGAGAUUCCUGCCUCCCAUGGAAAAAUGUGUGGCUUGUGUGGAAACAUCAGUGCUGUUGAUGACAAACAGGGCCCAAAUGUCACCCUUGCAAGUGAUGUUUCCAUCUUUGCAUCUUCCUGGUCACUUUCACCACCUGGAACGAACUGUUCUGAAGAUUGUGAUCUCUGUUCAGUGUGCAACUCUACCAUGGCAGCUGAAUUUGCAUCUGAUAAUCUCUGUGGUAUGCUGCUUGCUCCUGCAGGAUCAUUUAGUGAAUGCCAUUCCACUGUGGACCCAGAACCCUUCUUUCAGAAUUGUGCAAAUGACUUGUGUAUGUCAAAUGGUAAUGAAGAAUUGUUUUGCAGUCGUUUAAGGGAGUACACUUUUGCAUGCCAGGAGGCAGGAGCUAAGGUCAGAGCUUGGAGGGGUGGGAAGUGCGUGCUCUCAAGCCCUGAAAACUCUCGCUACAAUAUAUGUGUCAGUGCGUGCCCUGAGUCCUGUGGUAUUUUAUCCGAUAUCCCCUGCCCGUGGGCCUGUUAUGAGGGAUGUCAAUGUAACUCCGGAUACAUGCAGAGUGGAAAUGGUUGCGUCAAAGCUGAGAAAUGUGGUUGCUUCUACCAUGGGCACUACUAUGAGAUUGGGGAGAUAUCGUGGGCUGAAGGAUGCUCUGAGCGGUGUAACUGCUCUGCCACUGCCACCAUGUGCUGUGAGCCAGCCUCUUGUCCCGAGGGAGACAGCUGCACCCUUAACGAUACCUGGGGCUGUGCAAGGAAAGCUGAUAAUCAUUAUAAAAUCUGUGAGAAUGAAGAGAUUUGUGGUGUCCAAAGCCAACCUCGGCAAACCCAAUGUUGGGUACUGGAAGGCGCCCACUUCAACACUUUUGAUGGAAAGGUGUUUGAAUUCCAAGGAAACUGUACCUACACUCUGAUGCAUAUAUUGAAUGACACCAGUGAGAGUAAUACAUUUUGGGUCGGGGUACAGAAAGACAGGACCCCCAGCGAGGCUUCCAUUCUUAAAGCUAUUCAUGUCAAAGUGGCUGAAGACAAUAUUACUAUCUACAGAGGUGAAAAAGGCUAUGCAUGGAUAAAUGACGAGAAAAGGCUACUGCCUGUGACUCUACAGUUUGGACUUGUGAAGAUUUAUCAGAGUGGCAUGUUUGUUGUUGUGGAUACUAGUCUGGGCAUCCAAAUUAAGUAUGACUUCUCUCAUAUUGCCACUAUCCUCCUCUCUAAUACAACAGAAGUCCGUGGUAUGUGUGGGAAUAAUAAUGGCAUUGAAGAAGAUGACCUCAGAACCCCACAGGGUGAGGCUGUUGAUGCUACUACUUUUGGCUGGAGCUGGAGAGUUUCUGAUCAGGAAGUUCAGUGUACAGCAGAUUGUGGAGAUGCAUGCCCACGCUGCUCUGCUAAACAGCUACAAGAGAAAAAUGUAGCCGGUCAAUGGAUCUCCCUGCAUGAGUACAUUUGGUCACCACAAAAUCCAUUCUACCUGUGCUGGGAAGUUGUUAACUACACUAAAAUCUCCACAGCAGUGAGCAUAUUUGAUCUGUGCUCUAGUAAAGACAUUCAGAAGGCCUUCUGCCCAAUAUUGGAGGCCUAUGCUGCUGCCUGCCAAAAUGCUCAGACCCAGAUCGGAGAGUGGAGGAAUAGCACCUUCUGCCCCAUGUCCUGCCCACUGAAUAGCCAUUAUAAGUCCUGUGGCACAGCCUGCCCUGCCACCUGUGAGGCCCCAUUCGGUUCAAGCCCCUGCACCCUGGCUUGUGUGGAGACCUGCCAGUGUGACCCAGGGUUCGUCCUGGAUGGUGACACUUGUGUCCCCUUGUCCCAGUGUGGGUGCACUCACAACGGCUACCGUUACCACAACAACCAGACCUUCUGGGCUGAUGAGGGAUGCACUGAACAGUGCGUUUGUGACCCACACACCCACCAGUCGCAGUGCCAUCGGGAUUCUUGUGGACCCAAUGAAUACUGCGGUCUUCAAGAUGGAGUCAGAAGCUGUGUACUGCACCCCCAGCAGACGUGCAAGUAUACUGGUCAGCACAUAGUCACCUUUGACCAGCAUGACUAUGAUUUGCAUGGCACCUGUCAGUACCAGUUACUGGGCAUGUGUGGGCAGAAACAAGGCCUUGAUGCCAUUCAGGUUUACAUACAGACAGAUGGACACCUAGAGUCAGCACUUCAUGUCCUGGUCAAUGUGAGUGGUGUGCUUGUGAAGCUAAACAGCAAAAACACUGAGAACAUAGAGGUUGAUGGUGUCAAGAGGAACAUGCCCUGUCAUUUCAGCCCAGCUGCACUGGCUUUCUCUUUGGGGCUGCACACUUAUAUCUACACAGACAUGGGCUUUGAAUUUAGUCUCAGCACAGAGGGCAUAGUUAGCAUUAGUCUCUCCAGUAAAUAUGCUAAUGCUAUUUGUGGCCUGUGUGGUAAUUUCAACUCUGAUCCUGCUGAUGACCUCACAGCAAAUGGCACACAGGAGCAUCUCAGUCCUGAGCAUUUUGUAAAAGAAUGGAGAAGUGGGCAGAAUCCUUGGUGUGUGGAGGGCUGUCUAGGAGGAAGUUGUCCAAAAUGUUCAUCUGAGCGCCUGGCCCACUUCUCUGACCCGAAGGCUUGCGGGAAGAUUUUGGAAGUUAAUGGACCAUUCAGACACUGUCAUGGCAAAGUGGACCCCUCCAGCUUUUACAAGCGCUGCGUCAGUGACCUGUGUCUUCACGGAGGUCUCCAGCCUGCACUGUGUCAUUCCCUGGCAGAGUAUACUGCUGUCUGCCUUUCCCACAAGGCUACAGUUUAUGCCUGGAGGAGUCCUGGAUUCUGCUACCCAUCCUGUCCCUCCAAUAGCAGUUACAAUAUGAGUUCUACCUCUGUUCACCUCUGCCUUGGCUGGCAGAAUAACACAGUAGAGAUGCCUCGAAACAUUGGGGAGAACUGCCUCUGUGAAGCAGGUUUAGUUCACAGUGGCAACCUGUGUGUCUCUCCAGAAAACUGUGGCUGCUUUCACCAUGGAGAAUACCUCAAGGCCGGACAGGAAGUGUCUACAUGCGAACAAAGCUGUUUAUGCCAUGCUGGGGGGCACAUGACUUGUCGUAAUGUCUCCUGUGGAGAGGAUGAGGAGUGUAAGCUUAUUAGGGGUGUUCAAGGUUGCCACCCCAAACUCAAAGUAGCACACUGCUCUGUUGAUGGAUCACAAUACACCACGUUUGAUGGACAGGCAUUUGAAUUUCAUGGUUCAUGUAACUACACCCUGGUGCAGACGUGCUCUCUCAAGAAACUGGAUGUGGAGCCUGUUUUGAUAGCUGCACAGGGCAACCAUAGUGAGGGCAGGCGGAUCUACCUGCAAGUCAAUAAUAUGUAUUUUAAGACAUCAGCAGCUUUUCCUGGAAAAAUUCAGGUAAAUGGAGUAUACGAGAACCUGCCGUUCUCCCAGAACAAUGUAACUGUGCAUCAGAAAAAUGGAUGGAUAAACAUCAAGACCCCACAGUCAGUUGAGCUUGUUUCAGACCUACAAAACCAUAUUCUGGUCAAGAUCCUCGACAUUUACCACCAGACAACCUGUGGCCUUUGUGGGAACUACAAUGGCAAUCCGUCGGAUGACCUGCAGCUGCCCAAUGGCACCGUGAUCUCUGAUCCUGACAUCUUUGGACCAUCAUGGAAGUUGUUUGAUAUUGAAUCAUCCUGCAGCGACACAUGUGACAGUGCCUGUCAACUCUGCCAGUCCCCUAUGCCCAAAUACACCUCUGACCUGUACUGUGGCCUUCUCACCCAUCCCAGCAGACAAUUCUCCUCUUGCCACCAUUUAGUGUGUCCACAGAAAUACUACUCACUCUGCAUGAAAAACCUUUGUGCUGCAGAGGGACAACGAUGGGCCCUGUGUGAUGCACUGUGGGCCUAUGAGGCAGCAUGUACAGAGGCAGGAGUGAUGGUUGACCUCUGGAUGAACACCACAGGCUGUGCUUAUCAAUGUCCUCAAUUCAGCCACUACAGCCACUGUGCCAAUGCUUGCUCCUCACUGUGUCCUGAGAUUAGCCAGGCAGUGCAAUGCCCCAGGGACUGUGAGGAAGGUUGCCAGUGUAAUACUGGACACCUUUAUGAUGGCCAUGCCUGUGUACCAGCAGAGCAGUGUGGCUGCGUACAUGACGGGAGGAGGUUUAAGGCCUCUGAGAGCAAACUGCUACAGAACUGUACUGUUAACUGCACCUGUGGGCCUCCUCUUGUCUGUGAGCAAUACUCAUGUCCUCCACUACACAGUUGUAUAGUUUCAGAUGGAAUCAUGGGUUGCCACAAGGAUGCAGAGCAAAACCCAGAUCCAUGUGAGGGAAAAUGUGAUGAAACAGAGAAAUGUUACCUGAGGAAUGGUGUUCAUGUCUGUGAGAGCCGUCAGGGUCUGUGCUGGGCCUGGGGAGGCCAGCACUACCACACCUUCGAUGGGCUCAACUAUAACUUUGAGGGUACCUGUACGUAUCUGCUCGCAGCCAGUAAAGGGGCAGCAUGUGGGCUGACACCCUUUAGUGUGUCAAAGAAGAAUGACUGCAAUGGCAGCAGAGCUGCAUCUUCCAUACAGGUGGUCACUGUACAAGCUUAUGGGUUCAUCAUCAAGCUCAGUAAUAAGAAGGGCAGCAUACACGUUAAUGGUCAAGUGACUUAUAUACCUGUUAAUCUGUUGCGGGGUAAGAUCCAGGUCUCUUACAAGGAGGGCAAAGCUCUACUGAAAACUAACUUUGGUAUGCAUGUAGUCUUUGACGGGAACUCCACUGUUCUUGUUACACUGGAUCCACACUACAAGAGCAAAGUCUAUGGGCUGUGUGGCAAUUUUAACGGUGAUCCUCAAGAUGAGUAUCCUGUAACUACUCCUGGUUCCCGCCCCAUUAGGACAAGGGCUGAGCUCGCUCAGGUUUACCGGCUCUUUGAUGGGGACCAUAAUGUUUGUACUGGCUGUAAGCAGAAACUGGAUGAAGUGACCUUGCCCACAGAUUCUGUUUCUGAGGUUUUCUCUAGUCACAGGAGACGGUGUUCUGUGCUCAUGGAUCAGAAUGGUCCGUUGGCCCACUGUCAUAGUAAAGUCAAUCCGGAUUCCUUCUAUGAAAGUUGUGUAGUCGACCACAUGAAUAACGAAGCAUCAAAAGUUGCUCUUGAUCAAGCCAUAUAUUCAUAUUCUGUAGUCUGUGCAGGAUCCAGUGAUAGCUACCACGGUGGAGUGACAGUUGAUGUGCACUGUCCACCAAACACCUACUACAAGACCUGUGGCUCAGCCUGUCCUCCAUCCUGUGAAUUUAAUGCCACUGUCUGUAAUAAGGUCUGUGUUCAGGGCUGCUUCUGUGACCCCGGAUUCAUUAAAAGUCCAAAUGGCUGUGUGCAUCCACAUCACUGUGGCUGCACAGACUCCAGAGGCAAAUACCACAGCCUCAACUCAACGUUCUGGGCACCGGACAACUGUGGUCAGCUCUGUGUCUGUGGACCGGCUACUGGAGAGGUCCACUGCCUCCCAGCCCAGUGCCCCAGAGGAAUGGUCUGCAAGCAGUUACAUCACAAGAGGGUGUGCCAACCUGAAAACCCCCAGAACUGUACCAUUGUCACUGGGCUGCAUUUUAAAACCUUUGAUGGACAUAAUUUUGACUUUAGAGAAAAUUGUGCGUAUUCAAUGGUUCAAACAAAGUCCAACCUAACUGGACUAACACCAUUCAAUAUCACUAUAUCUGAUGCAAGUUGCCACAACAGACUUUUUCAUAGCCUCAACUUAAAACUCUCAAUCUAUGGUUUGGAGAUGGUGAUGGGAAAAGAUGACCUAGGAAAGGUUUUGGUUGAUGGACUGUAUAAGCCCUUACCAUACUCUCACCAGACAGGCCAUGUAAGUGCCUACCACACGCCUUCGUCCGUCAUCAUUCACACUGAUGUGGGAUUACAGCUGAUUGUCUACAACACCGGCACUCUAAUGGUUAUCCUCCCCAGCAGUUAUAGCUCUUCUGUCUCUGGUCUUUGUGGGAAUGCCAACACUGAUCCUGAAGACGACCAAGUAAUGCCCAAUGAAGAGCUUGCCCAAAAUAGACUAGAGUUUGCCCACAGCUGGAAGUCUCCGGGAACAGAGGCCUGUAGGUCCAACUGUUCCUCCAGACUGAAACAUUGUCCUGUUGAAGCACAGAAGCUUUUUGAAGGCAGUGACUUUUGUGGGGUGUUGUUGAAUGAGCUAGGGCCAUUUGCAGACUGUGCCUCAGUGUUAAGUCCCAAGCAUUACUUCCACAGUUGUGUAGCAGAUUGCUGCUCUUAUGAUGGACACUACUCGGCACUCUGCAAUUCCAUUGCAUCUUAUGCUGCUGCCUGCCAAGCAGCUCAGCUGCACGUCAGGCAGUGGAGGAGUGACACUUUCUGUGGUAUGUCAUGCCCUAAGAAUAGCCACUAUGAGCUGUGUGGACCUCAGUGUCCUGCUGUGUGCCUUGGACUGUCCUCUCCAGCAAACUGUAGUGGAGGUUGUGAGGAGGGCUGCCAGUGUGACCAUGGCUACGUCCUGAGUGAUGGCCAGUGUGUGCUGGUUUCUGACUGUGGCUGCAUGCAUGAGGGACAGUAUCACCCUGCUGGCCACUUCUACUCAGAGAAAAGCUGCCAAAAGUGUAACUGUGAAAGAGGAGAAGUGACCUGCAGCCCCAUGGAAAGCUGUUCAGUAAAGGAUGGCCUUGGCUUGCAGUAUGGUGUUUGCCAAGUGUUGGCUGGCUUUGGCUACAUCACUUUUGAUGGCAUUAUACUGCCUCACCACGGAGCUUGUACCUAUUUAUUGUCAGCCCUCUCCUCUAACGUCAUGCAUGACUAUACUCUGCUACUUAGCUUUAAAAAGGACAGGAAUGGCAUUUUCACAAUCGGCAAACUAGAAUUUCGUUUGCUUUCACUGGAAGUGUCCAUUGACCCUGAAACUGUAUGGAAAAUACAAGUAAACAGAGAAGAACGCAGCGUACCUUUUGACAAUGGAGAACUUAAAGCAUACCACGUUGGCAACAGACUGAUUAUUAUCACACUAUCCGGGGUGGGAAUUGACUUGUCCUCUACCCAAUACCUCAGGUUAACUGUACCGCAGGUAUAUGACCGCAUAGCUUCGGGCCUCUGUGGGAACUUCAAUGGGGACAGGUAUGAUGACAAGAAACUGAGAAGUGGUCAUCUUACCAAAAGCUUUGCAGAGCUCCUGCUGAGCUGGGCAGAAGUAGCUCCUGGACAGCACUGCACUGAUACUUGUGGGAGAGAGUGUGUUGAGUGCAGCCCGUCCCCACAUGACAGCAUGAUCUGUGAUGUCCUGUUGAUCAGUAGUAUUGAAUUCAACCAUUGCUGGAACAGUGGUGUGGAGCGCGAUAUUUAUGCACAUAUGUGCAUCAGGGCAGUUUGUGCUGGGGCAGGGCACAUGGCCGCAUGUCUAGCACUGGAAGCGUAUUCUACAGCCUGCCAGGCUAAAGGAAUACCAGUAGGACCAUGGAGAGAGAACACGCCUUGUGCUCUCAAGUGUCCUGACCGCAGCAGCCCAAGUGAGUGUGUUGACUCCAGCUCCAACUCAUGCCCUGCUCUGCUCCAGCCUGCUUAUUCAUCAACUCGCUGUUCAGAAGGCUGCCAGUGCCACAAUGGAAAUGUUUAUGAUGGGGGCGAGUGCGUACCUUACAGUCAGUGUGGAUGUGUACUUCAUGAUAUAUAUAUCAAGAUGGAUGAGCAACUGUACAUUGAGGACUGCACCCAGAUAUGCUGGUGCCACCCUUUGAGUGGGGUGAUUUGUGAGUAUUCGAGCUGCAGUCCGGGACAGCAGUGUGACCUGAGGAAUGGUUCCUGGGGCUGUCAUGACAGACCAGAAGUUUGUGAGCUCAGGGACAGCCUCCAGGUCUCCACACUCAGUGGGCAGCAGCUGAGCUUGGAACCUCAGUUAUCUUACAGUCUGAUGUCCCUCUGUGAUGAGGCAAGUGUGCAGUGGUUCAGCGUGAUCUCUUACCAUGGACCUUGUUAUGGCAGCUCUUCCAGGCUUGUCACUGUGUUUCAAAUCCUCCUGCAUGGAUCAUCAUUUGCCAUACAGGAUGGUACAGUGAAGGUGAAUGGACAUUUUGUGUCCCUCCCUCACAUUUUGCCAUCGGGCGUGUCCCUGUCAUCUGGCGUGAACCAGGACAAGUCAGAGGUCAUAGUGAUCCUGAGGAAAGACGCUGGGAUGGAGUCAGAGCUGGAGAUAGAAAUUGGUGUUACCAUGGUGACAGUCAAGGUCCCUCUCUGGUACUCAGGCAAAUUGUGUGGUCUUUGUGGAAACCUUAAUGACCUCCACUCUCACAAUUCAGUCAGGUCAUGGGUUCUCCCAGACUUUCCUGCCAUGAGGACCGUGUUGCUGCUUUGUGCUCUGGGGGCUUUAUUCAGCUGUCCAUCUAGCGCUGGAUGGGCAGGGAGAGAGUUUGCCCUGUCAUUCAUGCAGAAUUAUGCUCAAAAAUACGAUAGUCCUCGCUUUCAAUUAUACAUCACUGCUGUUCAGGCCAAUGCUAAAGUGACAGUGCAAGUGCCUCCCUUAAACUUCAAGCAGGAGAAAACUCUAAAUGCCGGAGAAAGGGUCACCAUCAGUCUCCCCACUAGUGUUGAGAUAUACGACAGCAAUAAGUCUCCCAACACGGUGCGCAUUGAAGCCUCAGCAGAUGUGACUGUAACCUCCUUCAACUACAAGCUGUACACAGCAGACACCUCUGUGGUGUAUCCCACCACUGAAUGGGGUACAGAAUAUUUCAUUUUUACACCUGCUGGAUCCCCCUUGGGCACCUAUAAAGAGUUCUCUGUGACAAAUGGAAAAGAGAGCAACAAAGUGGAGAUUUUCCCACGGGGCUCAAUCAAGUUUGAGGGUCGUGUCUAUGAGAGUGGGAGCCAAAUGGUAAUAGAUCUCCAGCCAUAUGAGAGUGUCCAGCUCCAGAGCACGGAUGACCUUUCUGGCACCAGAGUUGCUUCCCGGCACCCUGUUGCUGUUGUCACGGGUCACACUUGCACCUGGCUCUUCUCGAAAUGUAAUCAUGUUUAUGAGCAGCUGCUGCCAGUGAGCAGGUGGGGAUCCAGCUUCAUCGUGCCUCCCCUGAGCUUCCAGAGUAGAUAUGACAGUGUCUACCUCCAGGCCUCCCAACCCACCCAAGUCACUGUCCAAUUUGACAACCGAAAAGAUGCUUUGAGUUUGACCAGGGGCCAGGUAAUGGAGAUCCGCUACCACAAUCCUGACACACUCUCCAUUCAGGCCGAUCAUGGCAUCCAGGUCCUCAUGCUCUUCAACGGUGUCCAACAGAGCUUGUUAAACUGCUACGACCCUUUCUUAAUGACCAUCCUGCCUACAGACCGCUUCUGCUCCUCUUACUCGCUAGAGGCUCUGGAGGGCUUUGACAACCAAGCCCUGAUUGUGACUCCAACCAGUGCGAUGGCAGAGCUGCGUAUUGAUGGUACAAACCUGCCCCAUAAUGUCCAGUGGAAAAAGGUUGCAGGGACAGAUUUCUCUUGGGCGCAGAUGUCCUACACACAAACCCCUGGCAGCAAUAGACGCACUGUGUCCAGCUCUGGUUCCCACUUUGCUCUUUACAGUUUUGGAGUCAGCCAGAUGAAUGGUUAUGGUGCUCCAGGGCAAUGUAUACAGCCAGGAAGUGGAUCUUUGUCUUGCAGCAGUAUCACCUGCAGUGCCAAUGAGGUGUGUGAAAUGAAGGGUGGGUAUCCCUCCUGUGUCCCCAAGCUAGUGGAAGGCAAGCCUGGUACCUGCUGGGCCAUGGGAGAUCCCCACUACCGUACCUUUGACGGGCGACACUAUGACUUCAUGGGUACCUGCACAUACGUCAUUGCUAAAAACUGUGGAAAGGAUGAUAAUCUCCCGGCCUUUGAGGUCCUCGCCCAAAAUGAGAACAGAGGAAGCCUCAGGGUUUCGUAUGUCGCCCUGGUCAUAGUGAAGGUGUAUGGCGUCACCAUCACAGUGGUUAAGUCUGAGACGGGUCGUGUGAGGAUUGACAACAGUCUGUGGAGUUUGCCAGUAAACUUGAACAACAACAAACUGACCAUGUUUCAGAGUGGUCGCUCUGUGGUCAUUGUGACGGAUUUUGGUCUGACUGUCCGUUAUGACUGGGAACACUAUCUAGUGGUCAGUCUGUCCAACAUUUACGCUGGUAAGACUUGUGGUCUCUGUGGCAACUUCAAUGGCAACCCCAAUGAUGAUUUCACCAUACCGUCCGGCACCCAGGCAGGUGAGGCUGUGGCCUUUGGGAGCAGCUGGAAGGUACCAGGGCUAGUGAACGAUGCCCUGUGCAGACAUGACUGUGUGGGUGGGUGUGAGCGCUGUGAGCACAGCCUGAUGAAGAUGUGGGAGGGUGACUUGUUUUGUGGGCUCAUCACACUUAUAAUAAAUGGGCCAUUCAGCAAAUGUCAUGCCGUCAUUGACCCACAAGUAUACCUGGAGAACUGUAAAUAUGAUGUAUGUAUGGGAGGCGGCCUUCGACAUUUCCUCUGCAGGGCACUGGAGGCCUACACUGAAGCCUGCCAGAAUGCUGGGAUCCAGGUCCAAGAUUGGAGGAAGAUGGCACAAUGCCCUGCUAAAUGUCCAGCUAACAGCUACUAUGAGCUCUGUGGCAAUGCCUGCCCUGCCACUUGUUCUGACCCUAAUGCUCCCUCCAAAUGCAAACGCCCCUGUGUGCAGACCUGCACCUGUAACGCAGGCUUUUUUUUGAGCGGAGGUCAGUGUGUGCCUGCUGCUCAGUGUGGUUGUACCUACGAGGGUCGAUACAUCCCUGCUGGUGAGUCAUUCUGGGCCGACCAGGGCUGUCAGCGAUGGUGUACUUGCCUUGCUGGAAGCAGACGCGUGGAGUGCAAGGAUAAAGGCUGUGGAACAGGGCAGCAGUGCCAGGUGGUAGAUGGCAUAAGAAAGUGCCAAGCAGUUUCCCACAGCACCUGCCAGGCCACAGGUGACCCCCACUAUGUGACCUUUGACAAGAGGAAGUUUGACUUCCAGGGCACCUGUGUGUAUCAAUUGGUUGCACUCUGCUCAAAGAACCCAGAGUUGGUGCCCUUUGAAGUGCUGGUGCAGAAUGAUCACCGGGGCAGCAAAGUGGUUUCAUACACCAAGUUAGUGGAGAUCAAGGUGUACUCCUACAGCAUUGUCAUUACGAAGACACACAAGGGCCUGAUUAUAGUCAAUAAUGAGUUGGUCAACCUGCCUGUCACCCUGGAUGGAGGACAGGUAUCUGUGUAUCAGAGCGGCUGGUAUGCUGUGGUCACCACAAACUUUGGCCUCAAAGUCUCCUUCAACUGGGAAAGCGCUGUGUUUGUAACACUGUCAAGCAACUACAUGGGAGCCGUUUGUGGCCUCUGUGGCAACUAUGACGGCAAACCCCAGGAUGACCUGAUUCCAAAGAACGGAGGCAAACCUGUCUCGCCUGCAGAUUUCGGUGCCAGCUGGCGGGUGGCCGAGAUCCCAGGUUGCGUCGAAGGCUGUAAAGGGUUGUGUCCUGAUUGUGACAUUACCCAGAAGGUUUUAUAUGAAAAAGAAGAUUUCUGCGGUUUGUUGAGAGACCCCAAAGGGCCGUUCCGUGACUGCCAUACCAUGGUGAACCCAGCUGGCUACUUUGAAGACUGUGUUUAUGAUGUAUGCCUGUAUAUGGGCAGAAAGGAUGUGCUGUGUCAGGCUAUUACAUCAUACGCAUCUGCUUGCCAAGCUGUGGGGGCCAAGGUGUACAGCUGGAGAACCAGUCAGUUCUGUGCGGUGAAAUGUCCAGUCCACAGCCACUAUGAAGUUUGCGCAACUUCCUGUCCUUCCUCUUGCCAGAGUCUGGGCCCUCCUCAAGGUUGCCAAGCUCAGUGUGAGGAGGGCUGUUCCUGCGAUGAGGGGUACAUCCUCAGUGGAAAUCUCUGUGUUCCCUUCUCACAGUGCGGCUGCGUCUACAAAGACCGCUACUACCCAAUCGGCCAAGUGUUUUAUCCCAAUGAGCAGUGUCAGGAGGAGUGCAAGUGCACACAAGAUGGAGAGGUUGCAUGCAAGAAGUUCACAUGUGGCCCUAAUGAGAAGUGUAAAAUAGAGAAUGGCAUCCAAAAAUGUCACCCUGUUGGUAAGGGUGUGUGCCAUGCCUCUGGUGACCCCCAUUACCGCUCUUUUGAUGGGCUAACAUUUGAUUUCCAGGGCACCUGCACCUACACACUCUCUAAGAGCUGUGAGCUAGAAGGCACCCACCUUGUGGCCUUCUCUGUUCAGGUGGAGAACGUUCAGUGGAACCAGAUGAUGAACAACAAAGUGGUGUCUGUCACCAAGCUGGUUGCUGUGGAGGUCUACGGCUUCACUCUUAUCAUGAGGAACAACAUGUUUGGAGUCCUGGUAAAUGGAGUGUUUAACUACCUUCCUCUGAAUCUUAAUGAUGGAGCAGUACAGGUCUAUCAAGAAGGCAUGCAUUAUUUUAUUGCAACAAAUUUCGGACUGCUUGUCAGUUAUGACCUGGUCUAUCAUGUGACAGUCACAGUACCUGGUAAUUACCGUGAUAAGGUCUGUGGCCUGUGUGGAAACUUUAACGGCAACCAAAAAGAUGACUUUCAAAUGCCCAACCGUCAGCUCACCAACAACGUGAAUGUGUUUGGAAAAUCAUGGAAGGUCACCAUCCCUAAUGUGGUGUGUGAAAAUGGAUGUGAAGGGGAUUACUGUCCUAACUGUGACCAAGCUCGCAAGGCUGUGUUUUCAAAGUCCACUUACUGUGGUCUUGUUACAGCACCCACAGGUCCUUUUGCAGUCUGCCAUAGUAAACUGAACCCACAGCCGUACUUUGAUGACUGUGUGUUUGAUGUAUGUGCUUCUAAUGGCGAUGGAAAGGUGCUGUGUAACAGCAUAGCAGCCUAUGCCUUCAACUGUCACAUGGCAGGAGUGAACCUCAUAAACUGGAGGACGGCUUCAUUCUGUCCCAUGAAAUGUCCAGCCAACAGUCACUAUGAGGUGUGUGCAGAUGCCUGCUCUGCAUCCUGCCCAGGCCUCACAGAGAUUGUCCAGUGCUCCACCAACUGUACAGAAGGCUGCGAAUGUGAUACUGGCUUCUUAUUCAAUGGACAGACAUGUAUUCAAGAUACUGAGUGUGGCUGCUAUGAGAAUGGAAGAACUUACAAGCCUGGUGAAUUGGUGUAUGAGGAAGACUGUAACACAAAGUGCACCUGUAAUCCAGCAACAGGCCUUGUCUGUGAAAAGCAUUCCUGCCCUCAAAGCACAAAAUGCCUGGUCAUGAAAGGAAUCAGGGCAUGCUACAACACAGAUCCCUGCAAAGAUGCCAAGUGUCGGGUCAAGGAGAAGUGCCAUGUCGAGAAGGGUGAAGCUCUGUGUGUCCCCGAGUACACAGGAAUAUGCUGGGCCUGGGGUGACCCCCACUACCACACAUUUGAUGGUUACAACUAUGACUUCCAGGGCACCUGCAAGUAUGUCAUCUCCAAGACCUGUGGAAAUCUGGAUGGCCUAGUGCCAUUUUCAGUCACUGAGAAGAAUGAUAACCGGGGAAACACAGUAGUUUCUUACGUCAGGGACGUAGAUGUGUCUGUAUAUGGAUACACCAUCACCAUCCGCAAGAACCAAAUUGGUCGAGUCACGGUGGACGGGGAGCUGUUAAAUCUUCCUGUGCGACUGGGUGACGGUGAGGUGUCAGUGUUUCAGCUUGGUUACACUGCAGUGGUGCAGACAAACUUUGGCCUGGUUGUCUCCUACGACUGGAACUGGGUGCUUGUCAUCAAGCUGCCCAGCAGCUACUACGGCAGUGUCUGUGGUCUGUGUGGCAAUUUCAACGGUAACAACCUUGAUGAGCUCCAGAAUCCAGCCGGCAUAGCUGUCUCCUCAGUGAUAGAGUGGGGCAAGAGCUGGCAAACGCCUGACCAGGACAAGGACCAUCCUUGCUGGGACACGUGUCAGAAAAACUGUCCUACCUGUGAUGGUAACCUGCUUAAGCUCUAUAACACUGAGGCUUCCUGCGGGGCCCUUGCAGCCAAGACCAACAGUGAGUUCCAGAAAUGUCAUGGAAAAUUGGACCCGCAGGCCUUCAUGAACAGCUGUGUGUAUGAUAUGUGUUUUAAUAUGGGAGACAAAAAGAUGCUGUGCCAGGCAUUGGCCUCCUACAGUAAACAGUGUCGUGAGGAAGGAAUAAUAAUCAAGGACUGGAGGGAAAAGUUUGGCUGCCCAAUGAACUGUCAGCGUUACAGCCACUAUGAAAACUGUGCCAGCCCAUGCCAGCCAUCCUGCCCAUUCCCUGAGCAAAAGCAGACUUGCAACGGUGCCUGUGUGGAGACCUGUGUGUGUGAUACGGGUUACGUCCUCAGUGCUGGUGUCUGUGUGCCUGCUAAAAUGUGUGGUUGCUCCUAUCAGGGCCGCUACUACAAGCCAGGCCAGAACUUCUGGGCUGAUGAGGCUUGCGGUCGCCUAUGCGAGUGUGAUACAAGCUUGGGCAUGGUGAUAUGCCGUGAGGCGUCCUGCUCUGCCAAGGAAAGGUGCACCGUAGUGGAUGGAGAGCGUGGCUGCAGACCUAUCAGUCACGCCACAUGCACAGCCUCAGGUGACCCUCACUACCGGACUUUUGAUGGCCACAGGUAUGACUUCCAGGGCACAUGUGUAUAUCAGCUGGUGGGACUGUGCUCUCAGCUGCCUGGGCUAGUGCCUUUCAAGGUGACUGUGCAGAAUGACAACCGGGGAAGCAAGGCCGUGUCCUACACAAGGACUGUCACAUUUUCCAUAUAUGGUAUCACCCUCACCAUCAGCAGAGAAUACCCCUACAAGGUCCUGCUCAAUGGGCAGCUUGCUUCGUUACCACUGGAUUACAAUAAUGAGCUGGUCGUGUUUCUCAGCGGCUGGACAGCUGUUGUGGAGACAGUUGCUGGUAUCACCAUGACCUUUGACUGGUGGAGCACAGUGAGCGUUACUCUGCCCAGCAACUACCAGAGCGCAGUCUGCGGCCUGUGUGGCAACUACAAUGGAAAAGCUCAGGAUGACCUGACCAUGCCGAACGGCCAGACCGCCAAUAAUGGAGCCAAGCUGGGGGAGAGCUGGCAGGUGGCCCUUGUACCAGGCUGUUCAUCAGUCUGUCAGGGGGCAUGGUGCCAGGCCUGUUCAGACUCCCAGAGGAAAGAGUACCAAGCCCAGAAGUACUGUGGUAUUAUCGCUGACAAGGCAGGGCCUUUCAGAGAUUGUCACAGCCGUGUGGACCCUGCUCCUUACCUGGAGGACUGUGUGUAUGAUGCCUGCCAUUAUCAUGGUCACCAUGGGUCAGUCUGUGAUGCUGUGAGAGUCUAUGUCUCUGCCUGUCAGAGCCAAGGAAUCACCAUCCACCCCUGGAGAACAGAUACCUUCUGUCCAAUGGUGUGUCCAGCUAACAGCCACUAUACCCUGUGUGCCACGGGUUGCCCAGCCACUUGUGCCAGCUUAACUUCCCUUGCCACCUGCCGCAGGUCCUGUACAGAAGCCUGCGAGUGUGAUGAAGGCUACCUACUGAGUGGGGAUACCUGCGUGCCUGUGAGAGACUGUGGCUGCUCCUACAAUGGUCGCUACUACAAGAAAGGAGACGUCCUAUACCCUGAAACCGAGUGUGUGGAGCAAUGCAUCUGUGGGGAGAAUGGUGCGGUGUCUUGCCAAAAGGCCAAGUGCCGUCCAGGGGAGACCUGUAAGAUUGUAAACGGAGUGAAAGGCUGCCACCCUGAGGGGCAAGGCAAGUGUGUGGCUUCUGGUGACCCUCAUUACAUUUCCUUUGAUGGACGGAGGUUUGAUUUUCAGGGUACAUGUGUCUAUGUGUUGGCCAAGGUUUGUGAUGAUGACAAAGGCUAUCUGACGUCAUUCACUGUAACUCAGGGGAAUGAGAAGUAUGGAAAUGGAAAAGUGGCUGUUACCAAGUCGAUUGCAGUCGUGGUCUAUGGAUACGUCAUUUACAUCCAGCAGGGAAUGCCAUGGAAAGUCAUUGUGGAUGAUGAACUUCUAAACCUUCCUCUCUCCCUGGACAAUGGGCGUCUCAGAGUCACCCAGGAAGGUCACAACAUAAUUGUCCGGACAGACUUUGGACUGACAGUCCUGUAUGACACUGUCUAUUAUGUUGAGGUGAUCGUGCCUUCUACAUACCAGGGUAAGAUGUGUGGACUUUGUGGCAACUACAACAAGAUUGGUGAUGAUGACUUCAGACUUCCCGGUGGCAGACAAACAAAUAACGAUGAUGACUUUGGCAAGGCAUGGGUGGUGGACCUGCCUGGGCAUGUGUGUGAGGGCUGUGGAGGCCAGUGUCCAGUAUGUGACCAGGCCAAGGCCACCUUGUACAGAAAACCAGACUCCUGUGGCAUCAUGAGUGCACCUAACGGACCUUUCAAAUCCUGCCACAGUAUAAUUGACCCAGCAGCAUAUGUGUCUCACUGCGUGUUUGAUGUUUGUGCUAUGGGUGGCAACAAAGAUACUCUGUGUAACAGUGUCCAGGCCUAUGCUUUGGCCUGCCAGAGUGCAGGAGUGCAAAUACAGCCAUGGAGGAGCAGCUCUUUCUGCCCUGCUUCCUGCCCUGAGCACAGUCACUAUGAGGUGUGUGCCGACACCUGUGGUGGGACCUGUGCCAGCUUCAUUUACCCAUUUGCUUGUUCUGAAAGCUGUUUUGAAGGAUGCCAAUGUGAUGCCGGCUUUGUUUUUGAUGGCAUCCAGUGUGUUUCCUUGGACAACUGUGGGUGUGUGCACAAUGGCAGAUAUCUGACGGUGGGCCAAGCGGUGGUGGACAAAGAAUGUAAGUCCAAGUGCAUGUGCCAGGCUUCUGGGCUGGUGAAGUGUGAAAAGCUGGCCUGCGCCAGUGGAGAGGUUUGUAGCGUAAGAGAUGGGGUCAGAGGUUGCCAAGUCAAACAGGGCCACUGCAGUCUCAGCCAAGUUGGCCACCUCACCUCCUUUGAUGGCAUGUCUGGAGCGAUAGGAGCUCAAGGGGCAUUUGAAGUGGCUUCUCUGUGUGACGAGACCACUAAGCUGUGGUUCCGUGUGGUUGUGGACGUCAGGGUCUGCAGCAAAGGUGUAUCUGCUGCUGUCGCCACUGUGUAUGUGUUCUUCAAGGAAACCACCAUCACAAUCAACAGCCAACACAUGACCUGGGUAAAUGGCAGGAAGGUGUCUCUUCCCAGCAAAGUGACGAAUGAUCUGUCUGUCCAAAUCACAGAGAGGACUGUGAUCAUCGACAGGGCAUCUGCUGUGCGGGUCACCUACUCAAUUUCACAGGAGGUCACGGUCAUUAUUGACAGUAGCCUGUCCGGUAAAAUGUGUGGUGCCUGUGGCAACUACAAUGAUGACUCCAAAGAUGAUAUGAGGACUGCAGAUGGGAAAAUCACCAGUGAUGUGACUGUGGUUGUUGGCUCCUGGAUCGCUGGGGACUUUUCUAGGUGUGGCCUGUAGAGAUGUUGGUUCUGCGGUGAUAGAGAGCAUCUGCUAUACAGGAUGAAGACAAAUGUGAAGUCGUUAGGCUAAAGUUACUUGUUUACAGCCUGUCUUAUUCAUCAUACUUCAGUACUUCCUCUUGAUUCACGAGAUGGUUUUGGUUGUUUACUGGCGGUCUGGUCCUCUAUUGUUCACUUUGGAGCAGUAGAAAAAUCUAGCUCAUUCUUGACCAACAUCGCCAUCUAGUGGAGGAGGAAAGUAUCUCUUUUCCCCAAAACAACCAGGAGUAACUCGAUUGAUACCUGUCUUAUUAUACUGUACUUUCCUAGGUUUAAAAAUGUGUUUUACAAAUGUGUUCUCCUUACUUUUCUGACCAAUAAAUACUUUUUGCAUCA